CUUGGUUGGGACCUGCUGACUUCCGACUGGGGCAGGUGUGGACCACGGGUGGCUUGCAACGUAUGACGCGGAACCGAUAGGAUUGCAAACUCGGGAGCUUUCAGUUUCGUUCGGUAGCUCGUCGCGGAUGGACAAUUUCGUAAGAAUCCCUUUUCGGUGGUGGAAGUACACGGUGCUGAUUGGGAAUUAAAGGAUGAAGGAUUAAUAGUCAUCAGAUUACAGGGUGCGUGUGUUCCGUAGAACUUUGUUUUAUAGUUUGCGCAUUGAUUUUGUGUGUUAUUAAUCGAAACUUUCUUCUUCUUGAAGUAUAAGUUAUGAAUUGUUUUAACGUAUGCCUACAGUGUUACAGUUCAUGUGGGCAGAGGAAUAUUUUAAAACCAAGUGAAAGUGAAAACGUAACCAUUGCAGAAACCCUUACCUACAUGCAAUUAGCAUAAUCCGCCCGAAAACAACGCCCUUAAAUUGCCUUCUUAACAUAUGCACACAGCACGACAUUACACAAUGUUGAAGCUGCUGAUAAAGUGCACCAUCGGUGCGUUGUUUGCCCUACAAUCGAUCCAUUGUGAGGCUGAUCCACAGCUUAACCUUCCACCUUUGGCACCGCCGGGUCUGGAAGGGCGUCGGCCCGUGACAUUUCCCAACGGGGAAGCAUCGCCGACGCGUGUACCGCUCGGUGUGGAUGGUGUCGUCAGUGGGGAUGGUAGCAGUGUGCACGAUCGGAGUAGAAGUGAGCGCUUUGGUCCACCGUACGAUGGGGAUGACGAUGAAGAAGACGAACGUCCGAACUAUCCCGCCCAGCAACCGGAAGGACGCGCGAAUGAUUACGAUAGGCGAGAUCGUGAGGACUCGCCUUACUCCUACAACGAUCGCAACAGGUACGGUGGGGAUCGUGGCUACGAUCGCAAUCAAAACCGUGAACGAUAUCCAGGCGAUCGUAGUCCAAAUCCGUACGUUUCUGAUGUAGACAAUCCAUUGCUGUAUCGGGAUGGAGGCGAUCGCAAUCGGAACAGGUACGUGUCCGAUGUGGAGAAUCCACUGCUUUACCGCGAUCGGACACCGUACAAUCCGAGCCGGGACGAUGACGAUCGUAACCGGUACAAUCCCAACGCAAGACCGUAUAAUCCAAACGAUCCUAGCUUUGGAGGACGCAAUCCACCCGAUCCAAACUAUCGUGGGCCAGGGCAGCAUGAUCCAAACUACCGUGAUCAAGGGUUCCGAGAGCCUGGUCAACGGUUUCCGGGCGAUGAUCGUACCCGGUAUCCGGACGAUCCUAACUAUCCGUACCGCAGCCCGGAAGAGGAACGAUUCCGCAUCGAGAACGAGCGGCGGUUUCGGGCGGAAACAGAAAAGCUACGAGUUUUUCUCACGGAGAUCGAUCGGAAAAGCUCACUGGAGUGUUCGUUGAAUGUGGCGGCGCAGUGGAACUUUGAGACAAACAUCAACGAUGCAACGCAGGUGGAAGCGCUUGCUGCUCAGCAACGGUACAACGACUUCCAGCGCCUGCUGUGGGAUCAAAUGCGCCGAAUAGACCAGACGAAAAUCUUCGACGACAAGCUGUACCGUCAGGUGCGUCUUAUGUCAAUCAUUGGCCCAAGUGCGCUGCCCCCGGAUCAGCUCGAUCGGUACAAUAGAAUCGUGAACGAUAUGCUGGCCAUCUUUAACGGUGCCACCAUCUGCGCGUACGAGCAACCGUUCGAGUGUGGACUACGCCUUCAACCCCAUCUGAAAGAUAUAAUGGCAAAGAGUCGCGAUUGGAAUGAGCUGCAGUACACUUGGCUCGAGUGGCGUCGAAAAUCGGGCCGCAACAUGCGAGAUCUCUUCGAGCAGUUGGUCGACCUUACGAACGAUGCUGGGCGUGUUAAUAACUUUACUGAUGCCGCCGCCUACUGGACGUUCCCGUAUGAGUCACGCAAUUUUCGCGAGGAAAUGGAACAGGUGUGGCGCGAGAUACUCCCGCUGUACGAGAUGAUUCAUGCGUACGUGCGCCGCAAGCUGCGCGAAUUCUACGGUCCGGAUAAGAUCAACAAAAAUGCACCCCUUCCGGACCACAUACUGGGUGAUAUGUAUGGGCAGAGCUGGCAGAACAUCCUGGACAUUGUGAUACCGUACCCGGGCCGUAGCUUUCUCGAGGUAACUCCAGAAAUGCAAAAGCAGGGCUACAAUCCGCUGGUUAUGUUCCAGAUCGCGGAAGAGUUCUUCGUGUCGAUGAAUAUGUCCGCAAUGCCACCGGACUUUUGGGCGUCAUCCAUCUUGACGCAACCGCCAGACCGACCGAUCCUGUGCCAACCGUCUUCGUGGGACUUUUGCACCGGAAAGGACUACCGCGUCAAGAUGUGUACGCAGGUGACGCACAAAGAUUUCAUUACCGUGCACCACGAGCUGGCGCACAUACAGUACUUUCUGAACUAUCGUAACAAUCCGAAGGUGUUCCGCGAUGGAGCUAAUCCAGGUUUCCAUGAAGCGAUCGGUGAUGCAAUCUCGCUCUCUGUCGCCUCGCCGAAGCAUUUGCAAAAUCUGGGCCUCGUCCAGAAGUCCGUCGAUGAUACGGCGCACGACAUAAACUUCCUGUUUUCGCUCGCGAUGGAAAAGGUAGUGUUUUUACCGUUUGCGCUCGCCCUUGAAGCGUGGCGGUAUGACGUCUUCAGCAAGCGCGUCCGCAAGGAGCAGUACAACUGCCACUGGUGGCUGCUGAGGGAGGAGUAUGGCGGGGUUAAACCACCGGUACUCCGGUCCGAACUUGACUUUGACCCUGGUGCAAAGUAUCACGUGGCAGCAAACAUCCCGUACAUCAAAUACUUUUUCUCCAACGUGCUACAGUUCCAGAUCUAUCGCGCCCUGUGCACCGCCUCGGGUCAGUACGUACCGCAGGAUCCCAGCAAACCGUUGCAUAAGUGUGACAUCUACCGCCAACCGGCAGCCGGUAACAUUCUCAAAAAGCUGAUGGAACGCGGAACGUCACAACCGUGGCAGCAGGUCCUGCAGGAGGUGAUCGGCGAGGGCCGGCUGGACGGGUCGGCAUUGCGUGAGUUUUUCCGACCGCUCGAGGAAUGGCUGCGGAAUGAGAACCUGCGCAACAACGAGUACGUUGGCUGGAUCUACGAUGGUGACUACUGCAAGCACAGCAUCGAGACGGCCAAUCUGCAAGUGUUCGGUGGCUUCUACAAUGUUGCAGUCGAGGUGCAGCUUACCAGCUGGCUGAUGCUGAUGCUGAGCUCCUGGUUAGUCGUGAUGCGAACGUUCGCCAUCAUCGGCUAAGACAGAUCUGUCAGGAUAGAAAUGGGCCAACCAAUGCCCGAUGAGGUCGUUGAAGUGAGCAGGAUUGUUCGUGGUUCGUUUCAGUAAAGUGGUUUAGUUUGGUAGACAAAAUGCAGCAGUAGAAGCGUUAGACGUAAGUUAAAUCAUAAUAAAAAGAGAAAAAAACAUUGCCUCUUUGGAGUGUGACAUACGAUCCAAAAUGACUCGUCAAGUUCAUUGUCGUCCGGUCGCUGCAUCCAGGAAAUCGGAGCUUACAGGGCCAGUCAACUUCUCCCUUGCCAGCGGCCACUGACGCAGCGCAACAAUUUGCCUCAAUUGAGUUGAGCCGAUGGUGCAGUUGUUUUGUUUUCGCUUUUGAUGGGGUGUGUCGUUUUGCUUCGGCUUCCUUAAGUGCUGCUGUAGAGAUGAAACAGAGGGAGAGUUUGGCAAUUGGAUCCAUGCCUUGAGAAGGAAGCAUGGAAGUGUAGGGUUUUCUUGGAGAUGUUGAUUCAUUCCCGGAUCACUUAAAAUAUGGGAAUAGAGUAGUCUUUGUUGUAUGUUUUUUUAUGGCGACAUAUG